AUGUCAUGCGGAGGUAAGUUUGUAGUCGAGAAGACUGAAAAUGAAACUUAUCUUGCGAAUGACUGUAAUUGGGACAAAGAUAGAGAUUUGGUACUUAGUGUAAAUUGUAUCGAUGAACGCUGCUCAGGAAUUUAUACGUGUCAGGAAGGUGUUGGAAAGCCUUUUUUCACGUCAUUUCAAAUUAAUGUCUCUACAAUUCACCAAGCACGACGAACAAGAGAUAAUGAUGGCAACAAAUUGCUACUGAAGAAUAAAAAAUGUUCAUCGAUGAAACAGAAUGAUCAAAAACUUGAUCAGCAUUGGACUAGAAGUAACGGUGAAAUGAUUUGUAGCAAAAGAUCAUUAAUUGAAAUCUGUGAAAGUGCAAACGAAGAAGAAAGGCAAGAAAAUGGCAUCAGAGAAUCACAAAAUGUUAAUUUACAACUUUUUCAAUACUUUGAUACAAUCAUUUUGAAAUGUUGUCCUGAUUUAUCUAAUAAUAUCAAAAAGAGUCAAGAUGUACAAUUGGCAAUAUCUACUACCAAUCCUUAG